AUGGAUUCGGAGAAACCUGCCAUGCUGAUAGCCGUGGACGAUAGUGCACACAGCAUGUACGCCCUCGAAUGGACCCUCGAUCACUUCUUCGUACCCUUCGGAUCCCUCCAACCGUUCCGACUCAUCGCCAUCCACGCCCGACCCAUCCCCAUAUCGAUCCUUCAACUCGCCGGACCGGCAACUGCAGAGAUCAUACCGAUGAUGGAGGUCGAUCUAAAGAAGACGGCCGCCAGGAUCACCGAGAAAGUGAAGGAGUUAUGCAAGAAAAAAUCAGUGAACGAGGUUGAUGUCGAAGUAAUGGAAGGUGAUCCGAGAAAUGCGCUAUGUGAAGCUGUUGACAAAUACCAUGCAAAGAUAUUGGUAGUAGGAAGCCAUGGAUACGGUCCUAUGAAGAGGGCUGUUUUGGGCAGCGUGAGUGAUUACUGUGCUCACCAUGCUCACUGUUCUGUGAUGAUUGUGAAGAAGCCCAAGACCUAAAAAGCUGCAGAUCAAGACCAGAGAU